UGGAGGCCGCGGGGGCGGAGGCCCGUGGGCCGAGCAGUAGCCUGGGCCGCCGGCUUCGGGGCUGCGCCGCCUGCACCGCCUCUGGGCAAACGCAGAUCUCAGAAGGGGGCGGGGGCCGGGCCUGGGCCAGGGCCAAGGCCGCGGGGGCGGCGCGGGAAGCUACUUAUACCUGCGACCCGCCGCCGCUGGCCUCUGGCCUCGCCGCCGCCAGCCCAGGACGGGAGCCCAGGCAGACCUCUGCGUGAUGACCCGCCUGCUGGGCUACGUGGACCCCUCCGAGCCCUGCUUUGUGGCCGCCGUCCUCGCCAUCGUUUUCAACCCGCUCUUCUGGAAUGUGGUGGCGAGGUGGGAGCAGAGGACCCGGAAGCUGAGCAGAGCCCUGGGCUCCCCCUACGUGGCCUGCUACGCGCUGGGCGGGGUCAUCCUGGCCCUGAACGCCCUGCGCUCACACUGGUUCACUCAGGCCAUGCGGAACCAGCCCCGGAUGGACGGCCUGGACACCCCCACGGCCUACCGGGCCGGCCUCGCGCUGCUGGGCGCCGGCGGCGUGCUGGUGCUGUCCAGCUUCUGUGCCCUGGGCUUCACCGGGACCUUCCUGGGUGAUUACUUCGGGAUCCUCAAGGAGGCCAGAGUGACCACGUUCCCGUUUAACAUCCUGGACAACCCCAUGUACUGGGGCAGCACAGCCAACUACCUGGGCUGGGCCGUCAUGCACGCCAGCCCCGCCGGCCUGCUGCUGACUGGGGUGGUGGCCCUCGUCUACACGGCAGCCACCCUGUACGAGGAGCCCUUCACUGCUGAGAUCUACCGGCAGAAAGCCUCCCAGUCCCGCAAGAGCCACUGACGGGCUGCCCGGCAUCUCACCGCCCUCCGGCCUCCCCGGGGCCACGUCGAGACAGCGAACGUGCCCGCUGCUGCUCGUGCCCGCUGGCGUGGGCCCCUCCAGUGCCUUGGAAACCGCUGCCGUGGGACCUCGGACCUGCUACCACGUGGCCACUGAGCCCUUCCUACUGCCCACCGUGUUUAACUCCCCAAUAAAGGCCCCUGACCCCA